GGUUCGGCUGCUGUUUACGACACUCACUGAGCUGCUGUGUUUCAGGCAGGAGCUGGAGGCAGAUAUGGCGCGGCUGGUGGCAGUGUGCAGGGACGGAGAGGAGGAAUUCCCGUUCGACAUCAGGCAGAUCCCGCUCUACAUCGACGACACGCUGACGAUGGUGAUGGAAUUCUCUGAUAACAUUUUAACGUUUGAUAAACAGCAGGUAGACGCGUUGCAACUUAAGCAAUUCAUUCAGCGCCACAGCAUGUUGAAAGAGCAAGAUUUGUCCAUCGCCAUGAUGGUGACGUCACGUGAAGUAUUCAAUGCCCUUUCUCAACUUGUCCCAUGUGUUGGGUGUCGACGCAGUGUAGAACGCCUUUUCACCCAGCUGGUCGAAUCUGGAAAUCCUGCUCUGGAUCCACUAUCCAUAGGUGCAAAAGGAGUUCUUACUUUGUCACACAGCUGCAUGACUGAUGCAACCAAGCUGUAUACUCUGUUUUAUGUUCGUGGGACUAAACUGAGCAAUAUGAUAGAUGCAAUUCCCAAGAGCAAGAAGAAUAAAAGGUGUCAGUUGCAUUCUCUAGAUACACACAAACCAAAGCCUUUAGGGGGUAAUUGGAUGGACGUUUGGGAAGUCAUGUCCCAGGAAUGUAGAGAUGAAGUUGUUUUAAUUGAUUCAAGUUGUCUUUUGGAAACCUUAGAAAACUAUCUUCGUAAGCACAGGUUUUGUACAGACUGCAAAAAUAAAGUGCUACGGGCUUACAACAUUUUAAUCGGGGAACUGGAUUGUAGUAAAGAAAAGGGCUACUGUGCUGCACUUUAUGAAGGUCUGCGCUGCUGUCCACAUGAACGGCACAUCCAUGUCUGCUGUGAGACAGACUUCAUUGCACAUCUUUUGGGUCGAGCUGAACCAGAGUUUGCCGGCGGGUAUGAGCGUAGAGAGAGGCAUGCCAAGACAAUAGACAUAGCUCAAGAAGAAGUUCUAACAUGCCUGGGUAUUCAUCUGUAUGAGCGACUGCACCGCAUCUGGCAGAAAUUGAGAGCAGAAGAGCAAACAUGGCAAAUGCUUUUCUACCUUGGUGUCAAUGCCUUGCGCAAAAGCUUUGAGAUGACUGUUGAGAAAGUACAGGGCAUAAGCCGGUUAGAGCAGCUCUGUGAGGAAUUUUUGGAAGAGGAAAGAGUCCAAGAACUCAAGCAAGAAAAGAAAAGGCAAAAGAAGAAAAACAGGCGAAAAAAUAAAUGUGCUUGUGAUAUUCCACCAUUGGCAGAAACAGUGGAUGCGACAGUCAUUAAUCAAAACAAUGAUUCCUCUGUUUUUAUGGAAAAUGGGUGCACUGAUUGCAACAAAUCAGACGAUAGCACCAACUGUGUAGAGGUUAUUGUCACCAAUGAGAACUCUUCAUGCACGUGUCCAAGUGGUGGUGAUCUUCUGGUAUCUCCAAAAAUAAAAAAGGGGUUAACGCCUCAUUCUAAUGGUAGCGAUUGUGGCUAUUCGUCUAGUAUGGAGGGCAGUGAACCAGGAUCUCGAGAAGGCUCAGACGUGGCUUGCACUGAAGGCAUUUGCAACCAUGACGAAGCUGGGGAGGACUCGUGUGUGAACUGUGAUAGUUGUGUGGAAUGUUGGGCCAAUGCAACAGAAGACAACCUGAAAGGGAAAAACAAAAAGAAGAAGAAAAAAUGCAAACCUUUUAAAUGUGAAAACGAAAAUAUUCCAAAGCCAGUAUCCUGUAAUCGAGAAAACUCAGGCAUUGCUCACAGUGAUCAGACCAAAGAUGGCAUGGUUGACAGCUGCUGCACUAUCACAGAAAAUACUGGACCGACCUGGUUAGAUCAUAGAAGUGAAUUAUUCAAGUGCACAAACACAGCGGACGGAUCUUCUAUAUUCGAGGCAGGAAAAGGAACAAAAACUUUAAAAGAACUUUUGGACGAAUCAGAAUGCACAGCAGAAGAGGAAAAUGGCCUUUCUCAAGAUGAAAUACAGACCUUUAUGGCAAACAACAAGUCUUUUUACAGCAACCGACAGCAGUUCAGACAGUAUCUAAAGGAAAAAUUCAACAGAUACUGCCUCCUACAUGAGUACUCUUUGUAGUAGCGGCUGACAACAGAUUGAGCAUAUUAAACAAAUAAACUAGACCCGUCUUUCAUUGAAACAAUCAGAAUGACUACUGCGCCUUUCUGUCUUUACAAAUUCUCUGAUUUGGUCUCUGAUUACAUUUUACCAUAAUUCCCCCACUCUUUUGUUACCCCGACCCAUAUAAUUUGGUUUUCUUAAAGGGAGAGGAUAAUUGCACAUCUGUUGAUUUUGGGCUUGUAAAUUUUUUUUUUUUUUUUUUUUAAUGGUUCUUCAAAUUUAUAAUUUCCCCCCCUCCCCCACUUUGCCCUUGGUUAAUGUUUCUGCAUAUACAUGUUCACACACCCUUUAGCAUUAUAUGUAAUGUUGUAAUUGUAAUUUUGUACAAAAUGUCAAUGAGUGGGACAUAGGAUUUUACAGAAUCAAACAUCCAUUUGCUAAAUGUUUGGAUGUAACAUGUAAAAGAUGUUCAAAACAGGGAAAAAAAGAGAAAAAAAUAAAGAAUAUUUAUUAAGAUGCA